UUUGUGUAAACAGUGAAACCAAUGGUGCAGCAGGGUCACAUGGUCACGAUGGCACACCUAUGAGGCCCUAGAACGGCGCCAGACGCUCAGACUGCAGGUAGAGCAGAGGUCCUGAUCAGGGGCAGGGCGCUGGCUCAUGUGUUCUUGUACGGCACGGUUUCCCCGGUCUGUGGCAAUCAUGAAUCGGGAAGAGCAUUAUUUUCCACCUAAUCAUUUGUACAAGGAGCCUUGUGUCUUUCAGAGACACCAAAACGAAGACUACAGCCAAAACCCUCCACCUUGUCUGUAUAUGAGCAGACAGGCUCAGUCUGUAUACGCCUCACCUUCUUUGGGCGCAGAGGACCAACCAAAUCUUAUCGACAUUACUUCUUAUAGCAUGUCGACCCCGGAUGAUCUGGCCGUGCCUCAGUUCCACCUGCCCCAGACUCCGCAGCCACCUCGACAGACAGUAGGGGGUUAUGGAGACUCUCUCGACCUGUGCGGGGAUCGGAACAGAUCCCACCUUCCUUUCCCAUGGAUGAAGUCAACUAAAUCUCAUAGGCACUUGUGGAAAGGACAGUGGACAGGCCCUUACAUGGUAGAGGCCGAGGAAAACAAGCGCACGCGGACAGCUUACACCAGAGCGCAGCUGCUCGAGCUCGAGAAGGAGUUCCUCUUCAACAAGUACAUUUCGCGCCCACGCCGCGUGGAGCUCGCGCUCACCCUGAACCUCACCGAGAGACACAUCAAGAUCUGGUUCCAAAACCGACGCAUGAAGUGGAAAAAGGAAGAGGACAAGAGGAGAGCCAGAGGAGUGGAUCCCGAACAAGACUCCUCGAUCACGUCCGGGGAUCUAAAGGAUGAGUCGUGUAUCGUCCUGGGAGCUCAAGCGGAACCACCAUCACCCCUACACUCCCAUCUACCUCCACGAGACUCUGCGUAAAACGCCCAAAAAAGAGUGCCAUCAACACAAUCUGGCUCCUGCCAUAUGAAUGGAACUACUUAAGUGUGCACAUCAGUAACACAUUGUCACAUUCUCAUAAUGACAAUAGGUGGUCACAUCUUUUCUAUACAUUUAGACUGGCAGUAGGACCGAUCCCUGUUUAAAUGUUUGACAUGCAUUUUAUUUGGAUGCAGGAGAGGUUCUGCAUGCAAGCUUCCGUGGAGUCAAUUUUUCGUGGGAGGUGUUUUUGUUUAACCAAAUCUCAGCACUCCAUUUAGCUAAAUAUGAAAACACCAACCAACUAUGAGGACACUGACACAAAUUUAAAUAUAUUCAUAUUUAUAGAUAAACAAUGGAUAGCCUAGAUCCUCAAUUUUAAUAUGUCAAGUAUUUUCAUAAAUCUACAAAUGGGUAAACAUAUCUCCAAUAACAUGCUUCCAAUAACUUUUACAAUAUUUAUGUUGCUACUAUAUAGAAAUUAAAAGUAUCUGGGCAAUGUGGCGUCCUAUCAUUUGUUGCAUAUAAGACAAGUACCAUUAAGUAACAAACAAAAAGGCUACCGCCAAUUAAUUAUGAAUAAUGUUACUGCUUCCAUAACCCAGAGUUUAUUAACCGACCCAAUAAAACAAAACGUCUCCUUAAGGCACACUGUAAUUUAUUGGUAGGUAAUUUAAUCUAUUUCAAUGACUGCCGUUUAAUACCCUUUAAUAAGAUUUAGGGACAUUGAUUUUGUUAUCAUAUGGUUAUGUGGGUGUCAUAAAGGGGUAAAAGGCACUUUUGAUUUUAUUUUCUCCCAAAACAUUAAACAGCAACAAAAACUACUACAACAAUUUCUUUGCCACUAUACACAGCACAAUUUUCCUGAUCCAUGAGAUCUUUGCGUGUGGUGUCUAAAGGUUGAUUUUGAGGCAAUUUGAUCUAUUUUCUUAUAUAUAUUUUUGCAGAUUUAUGUAGCUAAUGAAAACCCCUGAAAUUAACACAUUUAUUUUGAGACAAAAUACUUAAAGUUUUGUUCUAGGUCAUGAAAUCAAAAGUUUUUUACUAAGUUAAUACGUUUUUAAUGUUCAAUAAGUGAAAGGAUAUUUGGGCUAAAGGCCCCCCCAUACAACACAUGUUCAAAGUGGGCUCACUUUGACUGAUCCAAUCACAAUGGAGAUGAAUUUGUUUAUAUAAUACUUGAGAUUUAGUGAAAUGCCAAAUGUAAUUGAAAUUUACAGAAAAUGUUUAACCCUUUUCUGAAGUGGUUAUUUUGAAUAAGUGUUAUCUUAAUUUGUUACUCAAAAAGCAUCUUGCUGUCACAAAAUGUCUCAAUUUGCCUAAGUUGACAAACUUUGCCCUUUGUCUAUUGUCCCUUUAUUUACACGAUUUCACUACCCCCAUAGUGAAAUAUAUAUAGGGCAUAUAUAUAUAGAGAGAGAGAGAGAGAGAGAGAGAGAGAGAGAGAGAGGUACAGUAUAAAUACUGUACAUACAUUUGGCAGGCUAUGUAUGGGAUAUGGAUAACUUUAUGCAUAUUUAAAUAGACCUACGUUGAAGAACGUUUUAUG